AUUCCCAGGCAAGCACUUAACCGCUAAGCCGUCUCUCCAGCCCAUACAUCAUAUGUCUCUUUCAGUUGCCUGCUUGCCUUUGCAAGAAAGCAUGUCAAUUACUCAAGGAAAGAGCCACAGUCACAAGAUGCAGGAAGAAGCCCUGAGGAGGGAGGAGGAAGAAUUGGGUGGUUCUCAGGAACUGUUGUCCUUCAGGGAUGUGGCCAUUCAUUUCUCUCCAGAGGAGUGGGAAUGUCUGGAUCCUGCUCAGUGGGACUUGUAUAGAGAUGUGAUGUUGGAGAAUUACAGAAACCUUGUUUACCUGGGUCUUGUUGUCUCCACGCCACACCUGGUCACAUUUCUGGAGCAAAGUGAGUCUUGGAGUGUGAAGAAGCGUGGAACUGUAGCCAUAUGUCCAGAUACCAAACCUUAUAAGUGUACGGAAUGUGGCAAGGCCUUUGAUCGGAAUUCAGUCCUCGUUCGACACCAGAAGAUUCAUCGUAGAGAGAAACUCUACGUAUGUGAGGAAUGUGGCAAGGGCUUCAGUGCUCACUCGAGAUUGUCUAAACACAGGAUCACGCACACUGGAGAGAAGCCCUACAAAUGCGCGGAGUGCGGCAAGGCCUUCAGCUGCACGUCCAAGCUCAGUCAGCACCAGAAGAUCCACACCGGCGAGAAGCCCUUCAAGUGCGCAGACUGCGGGAAAGCCUUCAUUAGCUGCUCAGCCCUGACUCAGCACCAGAGGAUCCACACCGGCGAGAAACCCUACAGGUGUGCAGAGUGCGGCAAGGCCUUCAGCUUCCGCACGUCCCUCUCCAAACACCACAUCAUCCACACGGGAGAGAAGCCUUACACCUGCACAGAGUGCGGCAAAGCCUUCAAUUUCCGCACAGCCCUUUCCAAACACCAGAUCAUCCACACGGGAGAGAAGCCUUACAAGUGCGCAGAGUGCGGCAAGGCCUUCAACGUCUGUGCAACACUCACCAAACACCAGAGGAUUCACACUGGGGAGAAACCAUACAGGUGUGAAGACUGCGGCAAAGCUUUCAAAUGCUCUUCCAGCCUGGGCCAGCACCAGAGAAUCCACACCGGGGAGAAGCCGUACAAGUGUGAGGAGUGCGGCCAGGCCUUCAACUGCUCGUCCUACCUCAAUAAGCACCAGAGGAUCCACACCGGGGAGAAGCCCUUCAAGUGCAAAGAGUGCGGCCGGGCCUUCCACUGCUCCUCCAACCUGAAUUACCACCAGAGGCUGCACACCGGCGAGAAGCCCUACCGGUGUGAACAGUGCGGCAAGGCCUUCACCGUGUGCUCAACCUUCAACCGGCACCAGAGGAUCCACAUAGGGGAGAAGCCCUACAAAUGCAAAGAGUGCGGCAAAGCCUUCAACCACUCCUCAAACCUCAUCCAGCACCAGACCAUCCACACGGGCGAGAAGCCGUACGCGUGCAGGGAGUGCGGCAAGGCCUUCAACCACUCGUCGAGCCUGACGCAGCACCUGCGCAUCCACACGGGCGAGAAGCCCUACAGGUGCGGCGAGUGCGGCAAGGCCUUCAACUCGUCCUCCUACCUGCACUACCACCGCCGCACGCACACCGGCGAGCGGCCCUACAAGUGUGAGCAGUGCGGCAAGGCCUUCAACAACUGCUCCGCCUUCAUCCGGCACCACCGCAUCCACACCAGGGAAGAGCCCUAGGAGCACAAGGAAUGCGCGAAGGCCUUUCAUAACAUUGCAGCACAACACCAAAAACAUUAAAAUACAAAACCCCAUAAAUGUAAAGAAUGUGGAAAGGGCUUUGAAUGGAACUUUCUCCUUAUUCAGCAUCAGAGAAUUCAUACUGGAGAGAAGCCCUACAAAUGUGAAGAAUGUGGUAAAGGUUUUAAUUGUUCUUCAAGACGCAAGCAACACCAAAGAAUUCACACUGGAGAGAAGCCGUACAAAUGCAGAGAGUGCAGCAAAGCCUUUAAUAAUUGUUCAGCUCUUGCUCAACACCGAAGAAUCCACACUGGAGAGAAACCAUACAAAUGCAGAGAAUGUGGCAAGGCCUUUACUGUUUCUUCAGCUCUGGCUCGGCAUCAGAAAAUCCACACUGGAGAGAAACCCUACAAAUGUGGAGAUUGUGGCAAAGCCUUUGCUGUAUUCCCAGAGCUUAACCAACACCAGAGAAUUCAUACUGGAGAGAAACCGUAUAAAUGUGAUGAAUGUGGUAAGGCCUUUAAAUCCCACUCAGCGUUUUCUAAGCACCAAAGAACUCACACUGGAGAGAAACCCUACAAAUGUGAAUAUUGUGGGAAAGCCUUUAGCUGUUCUUCAAGCCGUAAGCAACAUCAAAGAACUCAUACUAUUGAGAAACCCUACAAGUGUGAAGAAUGUGGCCAGGCUUUUAAGUGUCCUUCAUACCUGUAUCGACAUCAGAAAAUUCAUAGUGGUGAAAAACCCUUCAAAUGUGAAGAAUGUGGCAAGACCUUUCUCUGCUCUUCAAACCUUAACUAUCAUCAGAAACUUCACACUGGAGAGAAGCCCUACAAAUGUGAAGAGUGUGGCAAAGCCUUUACUAUUUACUCAACCCUCACCAGACAUCAGAGGAUUCAUACCGGAGAAAAGCCUUAUAAAUGCAAAGAGUGCGAUGCAGCCUUUAACCUUUCUGCAAACCUAAUUCGACACCAAACAAUUCAUACGGGUGAAAAGCCCUACGUAUGCAAACAGUGCGGUAAAGCCUUUAAUUAUUCUUCAAGCCUGUCUCAACACCUAAGAAUCCACUCCGGAGAGAAGCCGUAUAAAUGCAACGAAUGUGGCAAGACGUUUAAGUCUUCUUCAUAUCUGAAUUAUCGUCAUAGAUGCCACCCUGGAGAGAAGCCCUAUAAGUGUGAGGAAUGCGGCAAAGCCUUCAGUUACUGUUCAGCCUUUAUUCAACACUACAAAACUCACACUAGAGAAAACCCCUAAUGCAAGGAGUGUGGAAAUGCCUUUUGUAAUAGUUAACUGUUUUCUUUUUUUAAAGAAAAUACUUAGCAUAAGAAAUAAUUAUGUGGUGAAAUUUUACUCAUCAGUAAUUCAAAUUUGAAAGAAUCUUAUUCCAUGCAAAGAUGGAAAGUGUUAACCAUUGAUCCACAUUUAUGCAAUGUAAAAAAAUUCAUACAUGAGAAAAACCUUAAACAUUCAACGUGGCAAAACCUUUUAUUCUGCAUGCUUUAUUGUUAGAGAAUUUACAGUGUUGAUAAACCUUGCAAAUAUUAUGUGGCUUUCAUUGAACAUAGCAGAAUUCACACUAGAAGAAAAUAUUAGAAAUGUGGGAAAGCUUUUAAUAAUAGGUCUACAUCUAAUCAACACCAAAAAAUUCAAACUAGAACCUAUGUCAAUGCAAAGAAGCUUGAGACAAACCCCCAAAUCAAAUUAUGUGGCAAGUUCUUUAUCUUUUAUCCCAUAACAUGCAUUUGCCUAGUUGAGAAUUCCUGACAAUACAGACAGUGUGGUAAGGCUUGCCAUGGCAGAUUGAGCCUCAUUACCCUUCAGUAAAUUCAUGUUGAACAGAAAGCGUAUACAUGUAGUCAGUCUGGAGUUAACUGUGUCUAAUAGGCAUUCAUGAAAAGGAUAAAGGAGCUAAUAUAUUGGAGACAUGUAAGUGGAAAGGGUGUGGAAAAGGUUGUUCUGUACUCAGAACUUCGUGGAUUUAAGGAACUUACAAAUCUGAUGAAUAUCUGGAUUGUGGCAAAAACAUGGGAUAUAGCAUAUAGUUUACAGUACAUCGUUUCAUGAGUUCUCCUUCAAGAGUGUGUUUGCUUCUUUUAUUUCUUUGACUGUACUUAUGCUUUUGA